CAAAACGCCAGCUUGAAAAAACGACGACGUUCAUACAGGUGGUUCCUGUGUGUUGUGUCACUCAUCGCCACGACUACAAUUUUGAUACCAAAAACAGGUGAUUUCUGUGUGUGAAAGAGAAACCCAAAAAUGGGGAAGAUGACAUUCAGAGUAGUGAUAGCGAUUUUAGUAGUAUUGUUACUCUACUACGUCGGCCGGCCUCUCUACUGGAAAAUCUCCGCCACCGCUCACGAUAUCCGCCACAACAAACAAACCGUUUCCGGAGGAUUUUCACAAAUUGUUCAGGCAGCUCAGAAUUCAGUGGGCUGGUUCCACGAUGAGUCCGAUUCAGGAGUGCUCGACGUUGGAAUCGCGGCAGCAAGGAGGAUUCUUCUUCAUAAGGUUUUGUAAAGCAUUGUACAUUUGAAAUGUUAAAUGUUACUUUCAUGUGUUGAGACUGUCGCUAGUGAUUAAUGUAGAUCUUCGAAUAAACGUGUUAUAGUUGUGGAGACUUUCAAACUUUUGAAGUGUUGGCAAUUGUUGCUACACCUUGUACUAAUUUCAGACCGUAUCAGAAUAUCAAACAAUCAAAUUGUCUAUGUAUUUCUCUUGAUCCUACUUAAAUACUUUGAUCCCACUUACUAGA